AUGGAGGUGGGUGUAUGGCUGAUCGGCGUGCUGCUAAGAGUGCUUGACUUUAUCCUGGCGCCGCUGUACUGGCUGCGGCCUCGCGACCCCCGCCGCCUGCCGCCCAUCCGGGACCCCCUGCUGUUGAGAAGCGCCACCGACCUCGCGAGGGGCAUCAGAACCGGAGAGCUGACAAGCGAGCAGGUGGUGGUUACGUUUAUCGAGCGGGUGAAAGAAGUCGACCCUUACCUGAACGCAGUCGUCGACGAGAGGUACAGCGAUGCCAUCGAAGAAGCAAAGGCGUUGGACCGGCAGCUGCAGGAAGCGAGAGAGAGAGGCACGUUAGAAGAACUGCUGAAGGAUAAACCGCUGUACGGAGUACCGUUCACUGUCAAAGAGAGCUGCUCGCUGGCUGGUCUGUCCAGCUCCGUGGGCUGCCUGGAGGCGGCGGGGCGGCGCGCGGCGCGGGACGGGGGCGCGGUGAGGGCCACCAGGGCGGCGGGCGCCGUGCCGCUGCUGGUCAGCAACACGCCCGAGCUCUGCCUCGGCUGGGAGAGCACCAACCUGCUGCGCCCGGCCACCAACAACCCCUACAGCCUGGACCACACGCCGGGCGGCUCGUCCGGCGGCGAGGCCGCGUUGCUCGCCAGCGGGGCGUCCCCUUUGAGCGUGUCGUCGGACAUUGCCGGCUCCAUCCGCAUCCCGGCGGCAUUCUGCGGCAUCUUCGGACACAAGCCCACGCCAGGUAUAAUCCCGAUAGACGGCCACAUCCCUACGCUGACGGACGAGAAGUAUCCCAAACUGCUGACUGUGGGGCCGAUGUGCCGCCACGCGGAAGACCUGCCCCUCCUAAUGAAGGUCAUGGCUGGUGACAAGAGCCACCUGCUAAAUCUGGACGAGCCCGUGGAUUUGUCAAAAAUAAGGGUGCACUACAUGACCGAGGCGUCGCGUUCGCUGGCGAUGAGCAGCGUAGAGGGCGGAAUCAAAGAGGCCAUCCUGGCGGCAGUCUCCUAUCUGCGGGACCAGUGCGGCGCGCAGAUUGUCGAGAGAAAAUUCAAAGAAUUGGAGGAUUCAGUGGAGAUGUCCAUAUCAGUGUUUUUCUCUAUGAAAGACAUUCCCAAUCUGCUACAGGACCCUGCCAACCCUAAACGCGAUAAAAGCCUAAUAGUGGAGCUAAUAAAGUACAUGUUUGGCGGAGCGAGUCGAUCUCUUCAGGGACUGGGUUUCGCACUUAUAAACAGGACGAAACUGUUCAUACCGGAAUCGAGGCGCAGAUAUUACGAAAAAAAGGCUGAUUUGCUACGAGAAGAAAUGACGCGCGCGCUGGGCGCGGACGGCGUGGUGGUGUGGCCGGCGCACGUGGGCGCGGCGCACCGACACGGCCGCGUCUUCUGGCGCGCGCCCGGCGUGCUCUACGCGAUGCCGCUCAACGUGCUGCGCCUGCCCGCCGCCGCGGCGCCGCUCGCCGCCGCUGGGGGGCUGCCCCUGGCCGUGCAGAUCGUCGCGGGCCCCUACCAAGACAGGCUUUGCUUGGCGGUAGCGAAGGCGUUAGAGGAGGGUUUUGGCGGAUGGAGACCUCCUUCG